CAUUAAUUCAUUAUUAUUCUUCUAUUCUACACAAGCUGGAGGAGUCAAACCGUACGCUGACUGUGGAUGUUGCCAACCUGGCCAGUGAGAAAGAGGAGCUCAACAAUAAACUGAAGCACAUACAGCAAAAGCUGGAGAAGAUCAAAGAAGAAGAGAAACAGAUGAAAUCUCUCACAGUGUCGUAUGAGAAGCAGAUACAGGUGGAGAAAACACUCAAGAUUCAGGCUAUAAACAAGCUGGCGGAGGUCAUGAAGAAGACGGACGGCAGGCCACAGCAAAUCAACAACACAGACAUCCGCAGGAAGGAGAAGGAGAUCAGACAACUCCAGCUGCAGCUCCGCACGGAGAAAGAAAAGCUUAACCACUCCAUCAUCAAAUACCAGAGAGAAAUCAACGACAUGCAGGCUUGAAUUACGACAUGUCCACAGCGAAAGAGAUGCUGCUGCUGGCAAACUCCACAGAGGAGCAGAAGAAGUGGGUCAGUCGGCUGCUCAAGAGGGUUCCGCGUAAACCCUCCACCCACUACCCUUUCCCCUCAGCCGUCGCCUCGCCUCGCUCAGUCUUCACCCAGACUUUCACACCGAGCAGCCGUCAAAGUGCACUCUACACGACAGCAGCCCUCCAGCAAGAACAGG